GCGCCGUACUCAGCCCAGGGUCUCCUUGCUUCGUUCUCGUCAACAACAAUCGCGAAAGCGAAACAUAAAACCCCCCGACCCUCGCACAACGAACCGAUUUGCGAUUUCUGAUUGACUCCGCUCGCUCCCAUCUUUACCACAAAUUAUCUUGAAUCAUGUGGACCAAGACUCUCUCGCUGGCCUCGCUUGGCCUCCUUUGCCUCCAGGCCACUGCGGCCGACACCAGUGCACCCGUUGUGUGGGACAACAACGACUCCGUCUGGCAGGUGCAGCUUCUGCACAAGGACAAUACCACCGUUCAGGGUCAUCUCAAGGCGAGUCCUGGGCCUGAUAACGUCGGCAUAACAAUUCAUGCCAAGUUCUGGGGUAUUCCCACGGAUCAGCAACCUCUGCUAUACCACAUUCAUAAGAAGCCCGUUCCCGAGGACGGCAACUGCUACAGCACCAGCAGUCACCUUGACCCCUAUGGCCGUACAGAUACUCCUCCCUGCGACAUCAAGGCGCCCCAGACCUGCGAGGUCGGCGACCUCAGUGGAAAGCAUGGCCCCAUCUGGGCGGCUGAUGGGGAACCGGUGGCCGUCUCGUACACCGACUGGUUCCUGUCCAAUGUCGAGGACACGCCUGCGUUUUUUGGCAACCUAUCGGUGGUGGUGCAUGCGUCCGACAACACUCGGUUGACAUGUGGGAACUUCGAACAGGCCGCCUGAUACGCUUCGGGAGCAGUGUUGG